AUGAGAAAGACGGUGGUUUGUGGUCGGCCAGUUUGGCGGGAACCGUUACGACGAAGCGGAGUGGUGGAGUUGCCAGGAAGCGCAAACAAAGAAAGCAUUCAUGCGAUCUGUGAGUGCAACGAGGAAAGCGCGGCUGCUUCGGAUGAAAAAGUAUUUGAGAAGCCCACAGAAAGUGACCACGCGUCCAGCAACCCAAUCCCUUGUCCUGACACACUACUUAAACUGAAGGCACGAGAACUUGGCAACAGGUCUCCACCAGGCCCAUGCAUUUUGAGAGAGAAUGGCAACUUCAAAAUUGCCUGCAAGGAAAACAUUAUGGCGUUACCACCUGCAUCAUCACCUGAGAAGGCGGUCAUCCUCCUAUUGACUGUAUACUUUAUUUUAAACCUGUCAUGCCCAUACGCUUUUCGACAGUUUUGGGGACUUGUCCAGCAGCAUGUCAGCUGCAACAUUGUGAAGUUGUGCCUUCUUUUACUAUUUUUUAUCACCAAGGCAAAGCGCUGGCUGUAGGUUUCAAGGCUGGCUUGUUUUUUUUAAGGUAUCUCACGUAUAUUUUUCAAGGCUGAGUUGUUUGGUUGUUUAAAGGUUUCUCGCUUGUUUUCGAGAGUCUCUUACCUUUAUAUUUCGCUGUUGCCUUGUUGACUUUUUAUAAUGUGCAACGUGCUUCCAGAUAUAUUUGGGGGCAUAAAAUUUUAUAAACAUUUACACUAGCUUUCAUGGUAGUGUUUGGGAUGAGUUAUCCCAAACUACACAAUGCUGGGGCAAGUAACCUGCCUGGAGUAGGAGGCUUUUUCAGGGGCUUAUCAAGUGUUUUGGUCACGAUUAGCUUUGUAU